UAUGCAAAAACGUAUAAACAUUCAAAACUGAAUAUUUCAACAAUGUCGACCAUAUUCGAAAACCCAAAAAUACCUCUUGUUGGUAUGAAUGGCCGAAACAGAUUGUACUCUGGUGGCAGUGCUGAAAGCGGGAGUGAAUCUAACGCUUUGCCGAGCAAUAGACCAUACAGGUUCGAGACCGUCGGGAAAAUGUUGGCGAAGAGGAAAGAAUUGUUUCACCGCCGGAAGAGACACUGUGAUGUUACACUUUGUUUAGCUCUAGCAGGCAUUGGUCUGAUGAUAUUUGAAACAGAACUUACAACGGCAUUUCUGAUCAGGAGAGACUCUCUCCUAUCCUAUCUAAUGAAGACGUGCAUUACAUCAUUUACUGUUGCACUUCUGAUAUUUCUUGGUAUUUAUCAUUAUCUUGAUGUUCAACUCUUUGCAGUUAAUAAUGGAGUCGAUGAUCUAAGACUUGCAAUGUCUUUCAAAAGGGUACUUAAAAUAGGGAUGGAGCUCGUUAUAUGCAGUAUUCAUCCUAUACCAGGUGACUUUAAAAUAGAAUGGUCGGCAACUGUAGCUGACGGACAGUACGCAAGAAAGAUAAUAAUUCCUCUCGAUGUGGUUUUAUCUCUGCCUAUGUUCUUACGUUUCUACCUAAUCUGCAGAGCUAUUAUGUUACACAGUAGUUUGUACCAAGACGCGUCAUCCCAGGGACUCGGAGCGCUUAACCGUAUUCAUUUUAACUUUCGAUUUAUUUUCAAAUCGCUCAUGACUUUGUAUCCCGAAUACGUACUUGCAAUUAUAAUGCUCAUCUCAUUUCUCACCUCCAGUUGGAUUUUACGUCUCUGUGAAAUGUAUGGCCAGGAUGGGUCAAGGGAUAAUGUCCACGCAAGUUUUCUCAAUUGCAUGUGGCUAAUCGCUGUGACUUUCCUGUCUGUUGGUUAUGGCGAUAUUGUCCCAACUACAUAUUGUGGAAGAGGCAUUGCGGUUAUGACUGGCAUGAUAGGAGCAGGGUGCACUGCUCUCAUUGUCGCCAUCCUGGCUAGAAGGCUAGAACUCUCAAGAACUGAAAAGUACGUUCAUGACUUUGUUUUGGAUGUUGAAUUAGAUAAACGUUUAAAGCACAACGCUUCAGACGUUAUGAGGGCUGGUUGGUUUGUGUAUAAAUACAGAAAACUCAAAACGGACAAAUCAAAGAUUAUAAGACAUCAGCGGAAACUUAUUUAUGCUGUUGAAAACAUUCGGAAUAUCCGUGCAGCUCAAAGACGACUUAUUGACAACUCAGUGACCUUGGUGGAAAUAGGCAAAUACCAUAAUGAGUGGGCGUGCGCAAUCAGCCAUAUGCAAUACAAACAGUCAAUAUUAGAGGAGAAGGUCGGUAGCAUUCAGACUAACGUUGAGCAAAUAUUAAAGUCAGUAACUAAAGUGAAAGAAAGUAUAGAGCAACGUAAUAAUUGA